AUGCAAGUGCGGGGGGACAUCUGCACCGUUCAUCUCUCGUGGCACAAAAAUGACGAUUGCGGUGUGUUGUUACUGGCGACGAAAAGUGGAUCUGCUACGUCAACUGUACGGGCAAACGGCAAUGGCUCGGAGUCGGCUAAACUGGAGUUUGAACAGCUCGAUUUGAUACCAUGGGAAAAAGGAUCGACGUUGACAUGUGCUGCCUAUUGUCAGUUGUUCGGUACGGUUGCAGAAAAAAACCUUGCGGAAAACAUCGCCAUGUCUUUCUGCUCUCCGACAACGCGCGUCAGCCGUCUUCUCCGCACCAAUGGAGUACCAGGAAAGCUUGUUCGCUUGCUUGAUGACAUGAAUCAACGGACAACUACUGCAGUUGGAACGCCAGGCGGAUGUACGACACCGUUUGAGGUGGUAACCGGAGUAAGACAAGGGGCAGUGGCAGGAGUCUUCCUGUUCAAUUUUGCCACAUUAUGA